CUUUUCGUUUAUAGUCUCUCCGUCUUAUUAUUAUUCUCUCCCUUCUUGUGCUUCAGCUCUCUUCUCGUUCAUUCAUUUCUUCAGCUUUCAAUGAAGAAGAGAAAGCCAGAGAGGCCUCUGCAUUUGCUUUCUGCCCAAUUCCAAUCUCUCAAAUGACACUCAAUCUUUCCCAUCUCACCAAUGUCUUUAUCAUCAUUGCCAUUAUCACCUCCCUUCUCUAUGCUGCUGCUGUGGUUGACGGCCUUGGCUCUGCCUCCACUAUUGCCGUCACUUAUAGCACUGCUACUGUCUGUGGCAUCAUCGCCGGUGAGGCCACCCAAAGAAUACAAUGCUACCAAAAUGGCCAAAUCAUUUAUAUACAACCCAAUGUUUCCUUUGAAUCUAUCUCUGGAGGACAGACCUUCUUCUGUGGCCUCCUCUCUGGAGGCUUCAGUGUUUUAUGCUGGGAGACCUUAGCUGCAACCAACUCAAGCUUUCAACCCAAGCGCAUCUACUGCAGUAACAGCAUUCAGCUAACUGAUCUAACUGUUGGAGAUAAUCAGGUUUGCGCAAGAGAGGUCAACUCUGGCAUAGCUAAGUGCUGGAGAGGCAAAGGCAGAGGUAGGUCUCCUUUUCCAUCACCUGGGGUGGAUUUAAGGUUUAGUACUCUCACAUCUGGGAGUGGCUUUACGUGUGGAAUUUUGAGGAACAACAGUAGAGUUUAUUGUUGGGGUAAUAAUGAUGUUGGAGAUGAGAUUCAAACACAGUUUGGCAAUUUAACAAUGCUAAACUUGGUUGCCGGAGAGUCUCAUGCUUGUGGAUUGACUACCAGUGGAUUUUUGGUGUGCAAAGGGAGCAACAGCGCUGGUCAAUUGGAUGUUCCUUUUAGUUCGGGUUUUGCAUUUUCAGGUCUUGCUUUAGGAUCAGAUUUUAGCUGUGCUAUCAAGCAAAGCGAUGGAUUAUUAUCAUGCUGGGGUGGGGCAAAUAAAUUUCAACUUAAUAGCAACAUAUUGAAAAAUUUUCCGUUUGAGUUGAUUGUUGCUGGUUUGGAUUUCACAUGUGGGCUUACAACGAGGAAUUUAUCGAUUAUUUGCUGGGGUCUUGGAUGGUCUAACGUGCUUCACCAUGGAAAUGAACUUGCACUGGGAAUGAUAAUUCCUGGUCCUUGUGUUCAGUCUUCUUGUGGUACAUGUGGUGUGUAUCCGAAUUCUGAAUCCUUGUGUGAUGGGUAUGGGAAUAUCUGCAAAUCCUGCCAGACUGAACUUCCAAUUGCUGUGCCUUUGCUCCCAAGAAAAUCACCACCAUCUCAACAAGUACAGCCACUCUCUCCAUCAAGGGACAAAAAUAAUCUUCCUCUGGCUUUUGUGAUUGUCGGAUCUGUAGGUGUCUUUGCAGGCAUCUCCUCUAUUAUUUAUUGCUUACACAGGGUUUUACAUCAUAAUUCUGUUCAGCCCUCAAGUAUAAAUGCCAGCCUGAAUGAGAAUACUGCUGCUACGGCUCAUAAUGCUUCCACUACCCCGUCUUUAAGAACAUUCUCUGCUAAGCAUUGUAGCUCGAGAAGAUUGGGGCGGCAGAGAAGUGGAUCAUCUUCCAAGCAUACAGACAAGACUCAGAAAUUUUCCCUAUCAGAGCUUGCUGCUGCUACGAACAAUUUCUCAAUGGAAAACAAGAUUGGUGCUGGGAGCUUUGGCAUCGUUUACAAAGGCAAACUUGCAAAUGGUCGCGAAGUAGCAAUCAAAAGAGGAGAAACUGGAACAAAGAUAAAGAAAUUCCAAGACAAAGAAAGUGCAUUUGAUUCAGAAAUAGCGUUAUUAUCAAGGCUUCACCACAAGCAUUUAGUGGAGCUAGUAGGUUUCUGCGACGAAAAGGAUGAGAGGUUGCUGGUUUAUGAGUACAUGAGCAAUGGGGCACUGCACAAUCAUUUGCAUUACAGCCAAAACGUUGAACAGAACAGCAGCAUUUUGAAUUCCUGGAAAAUGAGGAUUAAAAUUGCACUGGACGCCGCCAGGGGAAUCAACUAUCUGCACAACUAUGCGGUACCACCGAUAAUUCACAGAGAUAUAAAAACCUCCAACAUACUUAUAGAUGCAAAUUGGACUGCUAGAGUAUCUGAUUUUGGUUUAUCAUUGAUGGGGCCAGAAUUUGACCAAGAGUUCAUGUCAACAAAGGCAGUUGGAACAGUAGGAUAUAUUGAUCCUGAGUACUAUGUAUUAAAUGUAUUAACAGCAAAAAGCGAUGUUUAUGGUCUAGGAGUAGUAUUAUUAGAGCUUUUGACUGGAAAGAGAGCUGUGUUCAAGAGUGAAGAAGAAGGUGCAGGGCCAAUGGGACUUGUGGAGUAUGCAACACAAUUCAUAUCAGCAGGGCAACUGAAAAAGGUUCUGGAUAAAAGGGUUUGUCCACCAGAGAUGCUUGAGGCCGAGGCAGUGGAGUUGAUGGCCUACACUGCAAUGCAUUGUGUAAACUUGGAGGGAAAGGAGAGGCCUGAUAUUGUUGAUGUUGUUUCUGCUUUGGAGAGAGCAUUGGCUCUUUGUGAUGUGACCCCAGCUAGCUUCUCCACUCCAUCAAACUGAAAUUUCCACACUAUGGAAAAAGAAGGAAAGAAAGAAAAAAUUCACUUUCUAUUUGUUUAUCUGUAAGUUGUUUUCUAACAUUUUCUCUUUCUCCGUAUAGCUAGGGUAGUAUCCUACACAGUUGUUAUUCUUUGUACAAGUGUAAAGAACUGCAAAAAUUACUUGUCACUAACAUGAUGGUCCCAAUUAUCUUGUUUGUAGUGUUAAUAGGCAUUCACUUUGGAUAUUGGAGCAGUUCCUUUUUCUUUAUUGAAUUUGCUUUCUUUAUCAGUUCACUUUA